AUGGAGGGGGAGGGGGGAGGGGAAGGUAAAGGAAUCAAGGAAGUUGAUGUCGGUGAUAAAAAUACCAAGCACGGGGAGAAAGACACGGGUUUGCCAACCAGCCAGCAGCCAACAAACAACGGUGACACUGGCCCUCUCUGUUGGAGGCGGAAAGGGAAGCUCAGCGCAGAGAAGACAGAGAAGCCCAUGGAUCCCGCCGCGGCGAAUCCGGUUGUUCGGAAGCCGCGAAGACAAAAAGAGGUACCAUUCGGCUGCUCCAUUCUUACUUGGUACUACUUCCACUUUGCUGCAUUAUUACCAGACAGAUUUCCAUUAGUCGACAAAAGUGAUGAUUCGAUGGCGGAUUUGCUGGCGCCAUGGCCGAGUCUUGCUGGAUCGGGAUCACCGCCUGCAUUCUAUGACAUAAUGGAAAACCGCCGCUGGUGGCCCCGUGACCUGCCCGACGGGGCGGGAUCUUCUCGAGGCCGAGUCCGCACUCCUCCGACCAUCGGGACUUUCCUCCCUACUGGCACUAGUGAACUAGUAGGUGGGAUGAGAGACACAGCCAUUCUCGUAAGAGUAAUUCUAAUGAACAGAUAUAGUUUCGUUCUCAAAAGUAUGUCGCCAUCUACCCCAGACCUGCACGCACCCCUGAUGCAAUAUUCCUUACCUAACAAUUACUACACGCCCGCCCUUCAUUUGCUCCGGGCGGGAUCCCGUGAUCCUGCGGAGAGCGCUAGUCCUGUCACUCCUGCUUCCUCCCCCCUUCUCCUCUUUCCAUCAUUCGUCAUCCACGACCUUCCUCUCCUUGACCCAGAGAUCAGGAGAACUCAAUCCCUGACAGUUUUCUCCUCUUCCACGGAGAAAUUGAUGAAAGCAGGCCACAUGUCCAAGUUCCGGCCGAGGGUCAUGACUCCUGGUUGACUGACAACAUCACCCCAUCCUAGUCCGAACUUUUGAUGAUUGUGGGGUAGCUGCACAAAGAGAAACUAGCGGUAGGGAGCUACUAGCUAGGUUACCGGGCCCCAGGGGG